GCUGAGGGGGAGGACUGCUUGAGCCUGGGAGGUUAAGCCCCAGGAGGCUGAGGGGGAGGACUGCUUGAGCCUGGGAGGUUAAGACUGCAGAAAGCUGUGAUAGCGCCACUGCACUCCAGCCUGUGCAACGGAGUGAGACUGUCCUAAAAAAGAAAAUAAAGGUUUUCACCGACAUUCUUUUUUUGUUUUGUUUUGAGACAGGGUCUCUCUCUGUUGCUCAGGCCAGGGUGCAGUGGCAUGAUCAUAUCUCACUGCAGCCUCAAAUGCCUGGGUCUUUCCACUUCAACCUCCCAGCUAGCUGGGACCUACAGGCGCAUACUGCCAUGCUUGGUUAAUUUUUAAAUUUUUUUGUAGAGACAGGGUCUCACUGUUUUGCCCAGGUCUCAAGCAGUCCUGCUGUCUUGGCCUCCAAAAAGCACUUGGGAUUACCAGCCACAGCACCUGGCCACCAGCCUGCAGUCUUAUCAUCACUGAGUUCGUGUCCACAUGCAUCCUGUCCAAUAUUCCGUACCACCAACCUUUCAAAUUUUUCUUGGUUGGGCACAGUGGCUCAUGCCUAUAAUUUCAGCACAUUGGAAGGCCAAGGCAGGCAGAUCACUUGAGCCAGGAGUUUGAGACCAGCCUGGGCAAACAUUAUACAAACACUAUACAAAAAUUAGCUGGACUGGCCGGGCUCAGUGUCUGAAGCCUGUAAUCCCAGCACUUUGCGAGGCCGAGGCAGGUGGAUCACAAGGUCAAGAGAAUGAGACAAUCCUGGUCAAUAUGGUGAAACCCCAUCUCUACUAAAGAUACAAAAAAAAUUAGAUGGGCAUGGUGGCACGUGCCUGUAAUCCCAGCUACUCGGGAGGCUGAGGCAGGAGAAUAGCCUGAACCUAGGAGGCGGAGGUUGCGGUGAGUCGAGAUCGCACCAUUGCACUCCAGCCUGGGGAACAAGAGUGAAACUCUGUCUCAAAAAAAAAAAAUAAAAUAAAAUAAAAUAAAUUAGCUGGGCUUGGUGGCUCGUGCUGGUAGUCCCAGCUACUCCAGAGACAAAGGUGGGAAGAUACCUGAGCCCGGGAGGUUGAGGCGGCAGUGAGCCAAGAUUGUGAGGCUGCAUUCCAUCCUGGGUGACAGAAUGAGACCCUGUCUCAAAACAAUUCUUUUUUUUUUUUGAUCAAUAUUCGAGUCAUAGUUUUGGUUAGCAUUUCCCUUAUUGCUAGUGAAGCAGAACAUGUUUUGAAAUGUUUGCUGGCUGUUUGUGCCUCUUCCUCUGUGACCUUUCUCAGUGAUUUGCCAAUAGGCAUUUGCAGUUCGUUCUUCUGUUCUUUCUUUUCUUUAUUUUUUUCUUUUCUUUUCUCCUUUCCUUUUUUUGUUUUUUUAUGGAGUUUCUGUCACCCAGACUGGUGUGCAGAGGCGCGAUCUCGGUUCACUGCACCUUUGCCUACCAGGUUCAAGUGAUUCUCGUGCCUCGGCCUCCUGAGUACGUGAUAUUAUGAGUAUGUGCCACCAUGCCUGCCUAAUGUUUUGUAUUUUUAGUAGAGGUGGGAUUUCACCAUGUUGGCCAGGCUGGCCUCAAACUCCUGACCUCAGGUGAUUACAGGUGUGAGCCACCAUGUCCCACCAUUUGCAGUCCUUUCUUCACGUAACUCUCCAGUUGCCAUUGUUGCCAGUUAUAGAAUUUUAGGUUUGAAAUGGUUUUCUGUUGGAAUUCUGUAGACAAUGUUCCACUGCCUCUGAGACUCCAUGGUUGCUAGUGAGAAGCCGGGUGCCAUGUUGAUUUCUGAUCCUUGGUAUAUGACCUGUUAUUUUCUUUCUGAAAGUGUUUCGGAUCUUCUCUUUACCCCUGAUAUUCUGAAAUCCAGUCGUUCCAGGGGUCUCUGUGCAUUUACCAUCCUAGAUACCUUUUUAAUCUAGAGACUCAUAUAUUUCAGCUCUGGACAUUUUCUUGUGUGUUUUUCUUUUUAAAAUAAUAAUUUCUUCUCUUUGUUCUCUUUUUGAACUUUUGUUUGAGGUUAGACUCCCUAGAUUGAUCCUCCAAACCUGUUUCUUUUUCUUUCUUUCUCUUUCUUUCCUUUGCUCUAGUUUAUUUCCCUUGAUUUCAAUCUAAGACGCUUCUACUGGAAGGUAAAUUUCAGCUGUUACAGUUUUAAUUUCCCAGAGCUUUCUGUGUUUCUCUGGAAGGAUGCCAAGCUAGGGAGGUCAGGGGCAUAUAAAAGUGGUCUGGGCUCCUGAUUGUGCCCUUCCCCUCUUCUCUGAGAGCUACCGUUGAGGUUCCUCAUGGCUCCUCCAGUCUGGACUCUGGUGCUGCUGGUGGGGGCUGCCUGGGGUCAGGGUCACACGCCUGCCCAUCUCAGGAGAGGGAAGCCUCUGGAUCAGAAGCUGGGCGUUCACAGCUCUGGGGACAAUGACGUCCUUACCCAGUGUGAUUUUGAAGAUGACACCAAACCCCUCUGUGACUGGUCCCAAGUGUCUGCAGAUGACGGAGACUGGGUUCGAGCCAGUGGGCCCUCUCCUGCCGGCACCACUGGGCCCCCUGGGGGGUACCCGAAUGGAGAGGGCAGCUAUCUGCAUAUGGAAUCGAACAACUUUCACCGGGGCGGAGUGGCCCGCCUGCGCAGCCCUGACCUGUGGGAGCGAGGACCCCUCUGCGUGCGCUUCGCCUACCGCAUGUUUGGACUGUCUUGGGGUGCCCAGCUCAGGCUGCUGCAGCUCUUGGGUGAACAGGGCCACCGCCCCCACGUGCUCUGGAAACACAGGAACACCCAGAGACCCUCCUGGAUGCCCACUAGUGUCACUGUGCCUGCAGGGUUCACCCUGCCCACCCGGCUGAUGUUUGAAGGCACACGGGGUAGCACUGCCUACCUGGACAUCGCCCUGGACACCCUCUCUGUCCGCCGGGGCUCCUGCAACCGCGUCUGUGUGGUGCAGACAUGCGGCUUUGACAUUCCAAAUGACCUCUGUGGCUGGACCUGGAUCCCAACUGCCUCCGGGGCCAAGUGGACUCAGAAGAAGGGGCCGUCAGGAAAGCCAGGAGUGGGGCCUGAUGGCGACUUCUCUAGCCCUGGCAGUGGCUACUAUAUGCUCCUGGACCCAAGGAAUGCAAGACCUGGGCAGAAAGCCAUCCUCCUGAGCCCCGUGAGCCCGUCCUCUGACUGUCUGAGCCUUUCCUUCCACUACAUCCUCCGGGGCCAGUCUCCUGGCGCAGCACUGCACAUUUACGCUUCAGUCUUGGGGAGCAUCCGGAAACAUACUCUCUUCUCAGGACAUCCUGGACCCAACUGGCAAGCUGUUUCUGUCAGUUACACAACUGUGGGACGGAUACAGUUCAUCGUGGUGGGUGUUUUUGGAAAGAUCCCAGAGCCAGCUGUGGCAGUCGAUGCAAUCAGCAUUGCUCCUUGUGGGGAGGGCUUUCCUCAGUGUGACUUUGAAGAUAGCGCCCAUCCCUUCUGUGACUGGGUCCAGACUUCCAGGGAUGGUGGACACUGGGUCCUCGGACAUAAAAACAUAUCCAUCCACGGCAUGGGCCCCUCGGGAGAUUUCCCUAGGGCAGGUGGUCACUAUAUCUACCUUGAGACUGACAAAUUCUCCCGGGCAGGGCAGUCAGUCAGCCUGGUGAGCCGGCCCUUCUGCACCCCUGGUGACAUCUGCGUGGAGUUCGCAUACCACAUGUAUGGCCUUGGGGCGGGUACUACGCUCAAGCUCCUCCUAGGAAGUCCUGCAGGGAGCCCCCCAAUUCCUCUCUGGAAAUGCGUGGGGUCCCAGAGCCCUUAUUGGCAGAAUACCUCUGUCACCAUCCCUUCAGGACAUCAACAGCCCAUGCAGCUGAUUUUUAAGGCCAUCCGGGGUAGCAACACAGCCUUUGUGGUUGAUCUGGGUUUCAUCUUGAUCAGUCCUGGGACUUGUCCAGUAAAAGUGCUGCCAGUGCUUCCUCCUACAUCUCCAGCUUCUUCCAGCAUCCCUUCUGAAACCGCUGGCCUCACAGAAAACCCUACAAUCUCCACACAAAAACCUACAGUUUCCACAGAAAAGCCUACAGUCCCCAAAGAAAACCCCACCGUUCCCACAGAAAAACCCAGCAUCCCUACUGAAGAGCCCUCUAUCCCCACUGAAAAACCCACCAUUUCCACAGAAAAGUCCACUGUCCCCACAGAAGAGCCCAGCACCCCCACUGAGGAGACCACCAUCUCCACAGAAGAGUCUGCCAUCCCCACAGAGAAACCCAGUGUUCCCACAGAAAAACCCACCACUGAAGAAGCCACCACCUCCAUUAAAGAGACCACCACCUCUACAGAAAAACCUACCAUCCCCACAGAAAAACCCAUCAUCUCCACGGAAAAACCCAUCAUCCCCAUUGAAGAAACCACCAUCCCUACUGAAGAGACCACUGUCCCCACUGAAAAACCAACUGUCCCCACUGAAAUACCUACCAUUCCCACUGAGACAACCACCGUCCCCACAGAAAAUCUGCAUGUUCCCACUGUAGGGCCCACAACACCCACAGAAGAGACCACCACCUCCACAGAAGAGUCCACCAUCCCCACUGAAGAGACCACUGUCCCCACUGAAAAACCCACCAUCCCCACUGAAGAGACCACUGUCCCCACUGAAAAACCCACCAUCCCCACUGAAGAGACCACUGUCCCCACGGAAAAACCAACUGUCCCCACUGAAAUACCUACCAUUCCCACUGAGACAACCACUGUCCCCACAGAAAAUCUGCAUGUUCCCACUGUAGGGCGCACGACUCCCACUGAAGAGACCACCACCUCCACAGAAGAGUCCACCAUCCCCACUGAAGAGACCACUGUCCCCACUGAAAAACCCACCAUCCCCACUGAAGAGACCACUGUCCCCACUGAAAAACCCACCGUCCCCACUGAAGAGACCACUAUCCCCACUGAAAAACCCACCAUCCCCACUGAAGAGACCACUAUCCCCACUGAAAAACCCACCAUCUCCACUGAAGAGACCACCGUCCCCACUGAAAAACCAACUGUCCCCACUGAAAUACCUACCAUUCCCACUGAGACAACCACCGUCCCCACAGAAAAUCUGCAUGUUCCCACUGUAGGGCGCAUGGCUCCCACUGAAGAGACCACCACCUCCACAGAAGAGUCCACCAUCCCCACUGAAGAGACCACCACCUCCACAGAAGAGUCCACCAUCCCCACUGAAGAGACCACUGUCCCCACUGAAAAACCCACCGUCCCCACUGAAGAGACCACUGUCCCCACUGAAAAACCCACCGUCCCCACUGAAGAGACCACUGUCCCCACUGAAGAGACCACCGUCCCCACUGAAAAACCCACCAUCCCCACUGAAGAGACCACUAUCCCCACUGAAAAACCCACUAUCCCCACUGAAGAGACCACUAUCCCCACUGAAAAACCCACCGUCCCCACUGAAGAGACCACUGUCCCCACUGAAGAGACCACUGUCCCCACUGAAGAGACCACUGUCCCCACUGAAAAACCCACCAUCCCCACUGAAGAGACCACUAUCCCCACUGAAAAACCCACCAUCCCCACUGAAGAGACCACUGUCCCCACUGAAAAACCCACCAUCCCCACUGAAGAGACCACUGUCCCCACUGAAAAACCCGCCAUCCCCACUGAAGAGACCACUAUCCCCACUGAAGAGACCACUGUUCCCACUAAAAAACCCACCAUCCCCACAGAAAAGCUCACAGCCCGGAUGCCACACCGUCCCAGUCCCACAGCCAUUGGACCGGCAACCUCAUUGAUGUCUCCACAUGCUCCAGGUGCCCCUGUGGCCAGUGUGAUCCUGGGCACUACCACAACCCCCAGACCCACUCCAGAGCGCUGCCCCCCAAAUGCUCACUAUGAAUCCUGUGCUUGUCCCGCUUCAUGCAAGAGCCCGAGGCCUAGCUGCGGGCCCCUCUGUCGGGGGGGCUGUGUCUGCGACCCAGGCUUUUUGUUUGCUGACGACCACUGCAUCCAGGCCUCUUCCUGCAAUUGCUUCUACAACAACAACUACUAUGAGCCUGGGGCAGAGUGGUUCAGCCCCAACUGCACAGAUCGUUGCCGAUGCUGGCCGGGCAGUCGGGUCGAGUGCCAGGUCUCUCGGUGCGGGACACACACCGUGUGCCAGCUUAAGAAUGGCCAGUACGGAUGCCACCCCUAUGGCACUGCCACCUGCUUGGUCUACGGAGACCCUCAUUAUGUCACCUUUGACGGGAGGCACUUUGGCUUCACAGGCAGGUGCACUUACAUCUUGGCCCAGCCCUGUGGCAACUCGACAGACCCAUUCUUCAGGGUGACAGCCAAGAAUAAGGAGCAGGGACUAGAAGGCGUGUCCUGUCUGAGCAAAGUCUACGUGACCCUGCCCAAGACCACUGUCACCCUGCUCAAGGGCAGACGCACGCUGGUUGGGGGUCAGCAAGUUACCCUCCCAGCUAUACUCUCCAAAGGUGUCUUCCUGGGUGCAAGUGGGCGAUUUGUGGAGCUGCAGACGGAGUUUGGUUUGCGGGUGAGAUGGGAUGGUGACCAGCAGCUGUAUGUGACUGUGUCCAGCACCUACUCUGGUAAACUCUGUGGUUUGUGUGGAAACUAUGAUGGCAACAGUGACAAUGACAACCUGAAGUCGGAUGGCAGCCCAACAGCAGAUGACGAGGAGCUGGGGAACAGCUGGGAGAUGGACGAGGAUGAGGACCAGGAGUGUCAGAAGAACCAGGUGGUGAAUCCCCCAUCUUGUGAUUCAUCCCUGCAGAGCAGCAUGUCGGGGCCAAGGUUCUGUGGACGGCUGGUUGACAUGCGUGGCCCAUUUGAGACGUGCCUGCUGCACAUGAAGGCCACCUCCUUCUUCGACAGCUGCAUGUUUGAUAUGUGCAGCUUCCAGGGACUGCAGCACCUGCUGUGUACACACAUGUCCACCAUGACCACAGCCUGCCAGGAUGCAGGCUACGCCGUGAAGCCCUGGAGGGAACUUCAGUUCUGCCCAAUGGCCUGCCCGCCCAACAGCAGGUACUCCCUGUGUGCCAAGCCGUGCCCUGACACCUGCCAUUCAGGAUUCUCCGGCAUGUUCUGCUCAGACCGGUGUGUGGAGGCCUGUGAAUGCAAUCCGGGCUUCGUCCUCAGUGGCCUUGAGUGCGUACCUCGCUCCCAGUGUGGGUGCCUCCAUCCCUUAGGCAGCUACUUCAAGGCAGGGGAGCAGUGGUAUGAGCCGGGUUGCAAAGAGCUGUGCGUCUGUGAAAGCAACAACAGAAUUCGCUGUCAGCCCUGGAGGUGUAAGGCCCAGGAGUUCUGUGGCCAACAGGAUGGUGUCUAUGGCUGCCAUGCCCAAGGUGCCGCCACCUGCACGGCCUCAGGUGACCCCCACUACCUGACCUUCGACGGAGCCCUGCACCACUUCAUGGGCACCUGCACCUAUGUCCUGACCCGGCCUUGCUGGUCCAGGUCCCAAGACAACUAUUUUGUUGUGAGCGCCACCAACGAGAACCGCGGGGGGAACUUGGAGGUCUCCUACAUCAAAGCCGUCCAUGUGGCGGUGUUUGACCUCAGCAUCUCACUGCUCAGAGGCCGCAAGGUCUUGCUGAAUGGCCAUCGGGUGGCCCUACCUGUGUGGCCUGCACGAGGCCAGGUGACCAUAAGGCUCAGCAGCUCCUUUGUUCUCCUCUACACGAACUUUGGGCUCCAGGUUCGCUACGACGGGAGCCACUUGGUUGAAGUGACAGUCCCCUCCUCCUAUGGCGGCCAGCUCUGUGGGCUGUGUGGGAACUACAACAACAACAGCCUGGAUGACAACCUGCUGCCCGAUAGAAAGCUUGCAGGCGACUCCAUGCAGCUGGGGCUGGCCUGGAUGUUACCCGAAUCCUCUGAACCUGGCUGUUUCCCUGUGGGUGGCAAGCCCUCUAGCUGCCAGGAGAAUGGCAUGGCAGAUGCCUGGAGCAAGAACUGUGUGAUCUUAAUAAACCCUCAGGGACCCUUCUCUCAGUGUCAUCAGGUGGUGCCCCCUCAGUCCAUCUUCGCCAGUUGUGUGCAAGGCCAGUGUGGGACCAAGGGUGACAUCACGGCCCUGUGCCACUCCCUGCAGGCCUACGCGUCCCUGUGUGCCCAGGCUGGCCAGGCCCCUGCCUGGCGGAACAGAACCUUCUGCCCUAUGAGAUGCCCACCUGGCAGCAGCUACAGCCCCUGUGCCAGCCCCUGCCCAGCCACCUGCAGCAGCAUAAACACCCCGAGGGACUGCCCCAAAGCACUGCCCUGUGCUGAGGGCUGUGAAUGUCAGAAAGGCCACAUCUUGAGCAGAACCUCAUGCGUGCCCCUCGGCCAGUGUGGCUGCACCGACCCAGCAGGCUCCUACCACCCGGUCGGGGAGCGCUGGUACACAGACCACACCUGCACCAGGCUCUGCACCUGCUCCGUCGACAACAACAUCACCUGCGUCCAAAGCACCUGCAAACCCAACCACAUAUGCUGGGCCCUGGAUGGGCUGCUCCGUUGUCGGGCCUCAGGUAUGGGAGUGUGUCAGCUCCCAGGGGAGUCCCACUAUAUGAGCUUUGAUGGCAGUAACCAUUCUAUCCCCGACGCCUGCACUCACAUCCUGGUGAAAGUGUGCCACCCCGCCAUGGACUUGCCCUUCUUCAAGAUCAGCGCAAAGCAUGAGAAGGAAGGUGGGACUGAGGCUUUUCGCCUUCACGAAGUCUACAUUGACAUCUACGAUGCCCAGGUCACCCUGAAGAAGGGCCACCAUGUGCUGAUCAACAGCAAACAGGUCACCCUCCCCGUGAUCUCCCAGAUCCCCGGGGUCAGCAUCAAGUCCAGCAGCAUCUACACGAUUGUUAACUUCAAGAUUGGUGUGCAGGUCAAGUUUGAUGGGAAUCAUCUCUUAGAGAUUGAAAUCCCCACAACCUACUAUGGAAAGGUCUGCGGCGUGUGUGGGAACUUCAACGAUGAGGAGGAGGAUGAACUAAUGAUGCCCAGUGACGAGCUAGCCCAGAGUGACACCGAAUUCGUGAACAGUUGGAAAGAUAAGGACAUUGACCCAAGUUGUCAGAAACUCCUGGUGGAUGAGCAGCAGAUCCCAGCAGAACAGCAGGAGAACCCAAGUGGAAACUGCGGGGAGGCCGACCUCCUCAGGGCUUGGGAAAAGUGUGAGGCAGUGCUGCGGGCUCCCACAUGGGCACGGUGCGCCUCCCACAUAGAUCUCACACCCUUCCUGGUGGGCUGUAUGAACACCCUCUGUGAGUUCGGAGGUCUCCACCACGCCCUCUGCAACACUCUGCAAGCCUUCGGGGCCGCCUGCCAGAGCCAGGGGCUCAAGCCCCCACUCUGGAGAAACAGCAGCUUCUGCCCUCUGGAAUGCCCUGCCUACAGCCGCUACACCAACUGCCUUCCCUCCUGCUCACCUUCCUGCUGGGACCUGGAUGGCCGGUGUGAGGGCACCAAAGUCCCCUCUGCCUGUGCCGAGGGGUGCAUUUGUCAGCCCGGCUAUGUGCUGAAUGAGGACAAGUGUGUCCCCAGAAGUCAGUGCAGCUGCAAGGAUGCCCAUGGUGGCUCCAUCCCUCCGGACAAGAGCUGGGUCUCCAGUGGUUGCACAGAGAAGUGUGUUUGCACAGGAGGAGCCAUUCAGUGCAGGGACUUCCGAUGCCCCUCUGGAUCCCACUGCCAGCACAGUUCCGACAACAGCAACAGCAACUGUGUCUCAGACAAGUCUGAACAAUGCUCAAUCUACGGGGACCCCCAUUACCUCACGUUUGACGGGUUCAGCUACCGCUUCCAGGGCCGCAUGACCUACAUCCUGAUCCAGACUGUGGAUGUGCUGCCUGAGGGGGUGGAGCCCCUGCUUGUGGAGGGACGCAACAAGAUACAUCCAUCCGGGAGCUCCAUCUUUUUGCACGAGGUGAUUACCACCAUCUAUGGCUAUAAAGUGCAGUUCCAAGCUGGUCUGGAGCUUGUGGUCAACAACCAGAAGAUGGCCGUCCCCUACAGGCCGGAUGAGCACCUGCGUGUCACCCUGCACGGCCAACGGCUCUACCUGGUCACCGACUUUGAGCUGGUCGUCAGCUUCGGUGGAAGGAAAAAUGCAGUGAUCUCCCUACCCAGCAUCUACAGGGGGCUCGUGCGUGGCCUCUGUGGGAACUACGAUGAGACCCGAAAGAAUGAGAUGAUGCUGCCCAGUGGGGCCCUGACGCAGAACCUCAGCACCUUCGGCAACAGCUGGGAGGUGAAGACCGAGGACGCCCUCCUCCGAUUCCCCAGGGCUGCACCAGCGGAGGAGGAGGGACGAGGGGCGGAACUGGGCCUCCAUGUGUCUGAAUGUAGCCCGGAGCAGCUGGCGAGCAACAGCACCCAGGCCUGUAGGGUGCUGGCGGACCCCCAAGGCCCCUUUGCUGCCUGUCACCAGACGGUGGCCCCAGAGCCCUUCCAGGAGCACUGUGUGCUGGAUCUGUGCUCUGCUCAGGACCCCAGAGAGCAAGAGGAGCUGCGUUGCCAGGUCCUCAGCUGGUAUGCCAUCCUCUGCCAGGAGGCGGGCGCUGCCCUGGCCGGCUGGCGGGACCACACCCUCUGCGCCAUGGAGUGCCCAGCAGGUACCAUGUAUCAGAGCUGUAUGACACCCUGCCCAGCAUCCUGUGCCCACCUGACGGACCCUGGGGACUGCGAGGGCCCCUGCGUGGAAGGCUGUGCCAGCAUCCCAGGCUACGCCUACAGCGGCACCCAGAGCCUCCCGCUGGCUGACUGUGGCUGCACCGGCAAUGGCAUCUACUACCAGCUGGGCGACGUCUUCGUGACUGAGGACUGCUCUCAGCGCUGCACCUGCGCCCGCUCACGGAUCCUGCUUUGUGAAUCCUUCAGCUGCAGAGAGGGGGAGGUCUGCACUCUGGGGAACCACACCCGAGGCUGCUUCCCAGAAAGCCCCUGUCUGCAGAACCCCUGUCAGAAUGACGGGCAGUGUCAGGAGCAGGGAGCCACAUUCACCUGCAGGUGUGAAGUUGGUUACGGAGGAGACCUCUGUACAGAGCCUCGGGAUGUGCCACCUCCUAGAAAACCAGAAGCAUCUAACCUGGUGGCCCUCCUGUUGGGACUGCUGGUGCCUGUGGUGGUUGUAGUACCAGCAGUGACCAGACAGUGCAUUUACAGAACAAGGAGGCAGAGAGAGAAAACGCACAGCCAGGAGGGAGACGGACUGGCCAGGCUGGUGGACACAGAUAUUGCUCCGGACUGUGUCUUUUAAAUUGCUCAGUUUUGAGUUGUGUUCAAACAAGAAGAUUAAAUCAAUGUAUGUAUUUGUUUAUUUGAGACAGGGUCUUGCUCUGUUGCCCAGGCUGGAGUGAAGUGCGAUCAGAGGCUGGACCUCCUGCCCCAGCCUCCCAAGUAGCUGGGACUACAGAUACACGUCACCAUGAGAGCUAAAUUUUAUUUUUUUUGUUUUUGUAGAGAUGUGGGGGGCGUCUCACGGUGUUUGCCAGGCUGAUCUCAAACUCCUGGCCUCCAGCGAUCCUCCCGCCUUGGCCUCCCAGAGUGCUGGGGUUUACAGGUAUGAGCCAUGGCAUCUGGCCAAAAUUAUUUAUUUUUGUUUUGGUUUUUUGUUGAGAUGGAGUCUUGCACUGCUGCCCAGGCUGGAAUACAGUGCCAUGAUCUCUGCUCACUGCAAUCUCUGCCACCUGGGUUCAAGCAGUUCUCCUGCCUUAGCCUCCCAAGUAGUUGGUUUUACAGGUAUGUCCCACCUCACCUAGCUAAUUUUUGUAUUUUUAAUAGAGACAGGGUUUUGCCAUGUUGGCCAAGCUGGUCUCAAAUUCCUGACCUCAAGUGAUCCGCCUGCCUCGUCCUCCCAACGUGCUGGGAUUACAGGCGUGAGGCACCGUGCCCAGCCAGAAUUAUUUAUUUUUGAGAUGUCAAUGUCUAUAUGGCCAUGGUGGAGAAGGUUGGGUCUUGGAGGGAGGAAAAUGAGGGAGAAAAGCAUGUGGAGGCCUAGGUAGGGCUGGGUUCUGCACAAAAUGAGGGGAGAGGAGCCUAGGUUUGAGGUGGUAUUGUCCCUUAGAGAAAGCCACAUGGGAGCGGCCCGUUCAGUCCUGCUGACAUCACUAGAGGAGACAGAAGGAGCAGUGGGGGGCAGAGGAACGGAGGGUGGGAAGCAGCCCCAGACCCUUGGCUUCUGAUUUAGGAGAAGACUUCACCCCAGGAAUCUGAGUUCUUAGAGAACGUGGCCUCUGGCUUCCCCCAAGGUGAUUCUGAGAGCUUGUACAUGUCAAGUAGAGGCUGAGGCUGGGGAUAUGGCUUUCUCUUUCUUUUCCUUUCGUUUCUUUCUCUUUCUUUCCUUUCCUUUCCUUCCUUCCUUAUUUUUUCUCUUUUUUCUUUCUAUCUUUUUUUUCUUUCCUUCUUGUUUUCAGGGUCUUGCUCUGUUGCCCAGGCUAGAGUGGUACACUCGUAGCUCAUGGCAGCCUUGACCCCCGGGCCUCCAAUGAUCCUCCCACCUCAGCCUCCUGACUAGCCGGGACUACAGGCAUGCACCACUACGCCUGGCUAAUUUUCAUAUCUUUUUGGAAGAGGGGCUCUCACUAUGUUGCCCAGGCUGGUCUCAAACUCCUGGGCUCAAAGAGGUCAUCCUGCCUCCACCUCCCAAAGCACUGGGAAUACACAUGAGAGCCACCACACCCAGCCAAAUGUGGCCCUUCCUUCAUUCCUUUUUCCCUCUCUUCCUGCCUUCCUCCCUCCCUUCUUUCCUCUCUUACUCCUUCUUCUUUUCCUUUUACUUUUCCCUCCUUCCCUCCCUCCCCCCUUUUUUCUUUUUCUUUUUCUUUCUUUCUUUCCUUCCUUCCUUCCUUCCUUUCCUCUCUUUCUUUUUUUUAAAGAUGGGGUUUCACCAUGUUGGUCAGGCUGGUCUUGAACUCCCUACCUCAGGUGAUCCGCCCACCUUGGCCUCCAAAGUGCUAGGAUUACAGGCGUGAGCCACCACGCCUUUCCUUUCUCUUUCCCUCUUUUCCCCUCCCCUCCUUCCCUCCCUUCCUUCCUUCCUUCCUUUUUUAGAGACAGGUGCUUCCUCUGUUACCCAGGCUGGAGUGCACUGGUACAAUCAUAGCUCACCUCCCAAGUCCCUCCCACACCUCCUCGGGGGUACAAUAUAUGGGUGAGGUAUCGCCAAGGGAAGAGGGGACAGAGGACUCAAGAGCCCGAGGGACUCCAGAAGUGGCCUAUAGAGGUGGGAAAUUGAGGACAAGACUCCUUGGGCUGGGAAGGGCCCAAGCGGUGAUUUGGGGUCCAGCACUGACCCAAACACGACAACAGGGGGCGUCUGAGGUGCAGGAAUGGAAAAAGUAGGUUGGGUGCAGUGGCUCAGACCUGAAAUCCCAGCGCCUUGGGAGGCUGAGGCUGGAGGAUUGCUUGAGGCCAGGACUUUGAGAUCAGCCUGGGGAACAUUAUGAGACCGCUGUCUCUACAAAAAAUAAAAAAUCAGUGGGCAUGGUGGUAUGUGCUUGGAGGAUUCCCAGGUUCUCAGGAGGCUGAGACAGGAGCUAGAACUCCUGGCCUCAAGCCUCAGCCUCUCAAGUAGCCAGGACUAUAGUUGCAUGUCACCCUUUGGCUGGGCGCAGUGGCUCACAUCUAUAAUCCUAGCACUUUGGGAGGCCGAGUGGGGCAGAUUGCUUGAGGUCAGGAGUUCGAGACCAGCCUGACGAACAUGGUGAAAUCCUGUCUCUAUAAAAAUACAAAAAUUAGCCUCUCUAUAAAAAUACAAAAAUUAGCCGGUGUCAUGGUGGCGACCUGUAAUCCCAGCUGCUUGGGAGGCUGAGGCAGGAGAAUCACUUUAACCCGGGAGGCAGAGGUUGUAGUCAGCUGAGAUCACGCCACUGCACUCCAGCCUGGAUGACAGACUGAGACCCUGUCUCAAAACAAAAACAAAAGCAAACAAACAAACAAAAAAUGUGGCUUUUUCCAAAAAAGCAAAUUAGCCUGUGACCCUCUGGGGAGGCCCCCACCCUCGGCAUUCUUCCAUUUCCCAAAGGGGAUAGGGGUUACUAUGGGAACUGAGGACGGUGUGGGGAGAGGGUCUGCAGUCUGGGUUGCUGAAGAAUUCUUACCUCUAACAUAGUAGGAGUGACCCACUCACCCCAGCCUGAGGCCAAGGUGCAAAUGUCCCACCCUCUCCCUCAGGGCUCCUGCCUCCCAUGAGGCAGCUCCUUGCUUGGAAGAUAGGGCUGGGACAUCCAGCUUGGGCUCUAAGAAGGAAAGAAAGGCUUGCUGGGCCCAGUGGUUCAUGCCUGUAAUCCCAGCACUUUGGGAAGCCAAGGCAGGCAGAUCAUUUGAGGUCGAGUUCGAGACCAGCCUGGCCAACAUGGUGAAACCCCAUCUCUACUAAAAAUACAAAAAUUAGCUGGGCAUGGUGGGGGUACCUGUAGUCCCAGCUACUCAGGAGGCUGAGGUGGGAUCGUUUGAACCCGGGAGGCUGAGGUUGCAGUGAGCCAAGAUUGCACCACUGCAUUCCAGUCUGGGCUACAGAGCAAGACUUUUAAAAAAAGAAGAAAGAAAGGAAGGCUGCCAGCUGGACUGGAGGGAGAUCGGGAUGUAGGACCCCAAAGGGGAUUUGGGUUUGGGACAGGGAGGAUAUAGGCUGGGUGUGGUGGCUUAUUGCCUGUAAUCCCAGUGCUUUGGGAGGCUGAGGAGGGAGAAUUGCUUGAGAUCAGGAGCUGGAGACCAGCUUGAGCAAUAUAGCGAGUCCCUUCUGUCUCUACAAAAAUAUAAAACAUUCUUGGGUGCUUGAGGCGGGAGGAUUGCUUGAACCCAGGAGUUCUAAGCUGCAGUGAGCUAUGAUCACACCACUGCACUCCAGCCUGGGCAAGAGAACAAGACUCUGUCUCUAAAAAAACAAAGCAACCAACCAGGGAGGAUUCUAAGUUCUAGAAAUAUGGCGGUUUUUUUUAAUACAGAGUCUGGCUCUGUCGCCCAGGCUGGAGUGUAGUGGUGCAAUCUCAGCUCACUGCAACCUCCGCCUCCUGGGUUCAAGUGAUUCUCCUGCCUCAGCCUCCUGAGUAGCUGGGAUUUCAGGUGUGCGCCACCAUGCCCGGCUAAUUUUUUUUCUUUGCAUUUUUAGUAGAGACAGGGUUUCACCAUGUUGGUCAGGCUGGUCUCAAACUAGGUGAUUCCCUCUGCCUUGGCCUCCCAAAGUGCUGGGAUUACAGGCGUGAGCCACCACACCCGGCCUAUAUGCUCCCUGUAUAGAAAUGUAUAUACUGUAUGAGCAUCCUCUGAGAUGACCAGCCCUUGGGGUCCCACCUUCAUGGAAGGAAGCAAGACCCAGCCUGGGUAAGGAAAGGGCCCCAAGAAGGGAGAGCACUCACACUAGAGAGCUGGAUGUGACAGGAAGGCUCAGGGCAGCCUGGAGCUGGGAUGGAUCUCAGGGGGUUCCCUCAGCUCCCUGCACUUGGUCUUCGCUCUUGGCCUCUCUGCUGUGCCUCUGCUGUGCCCCUUAAGUUUUCUUCUUCCAGCUAUCAGCUCUCUAGGACAUGCUAUCUAGCCCGGAUGUCUGGUUGGCAGGGGAAGAGGGUGGGUCUGGGCAGCAUCCUCUGGAUGGACCCCCAAGUCCCUCCCACACCUCCUGAGGGUACCAAACAUGGGUGAUGUGUCACCAAGGGAAGUGGGGACAGAGGACUCAAGAGCCUGAGGAACUCCAGAAGAGGGUUGUAGAGGUGGGAAAUUGAGGACAAGCCUCCCUGGGCCAGAAGGGUCCGAGCUGAUUUAGGACCCAGCACUGACCCAUACAUGUCAACAGGGGGCGACUGAAGUGCAGAAAUGGAAAAGGCAGAUUGGGCCUGUAAUCCCAGUGCCCUGGGAGGCUCCCUUGCCCCAGGAGUUCAAGUCAUUCCACUGCAUUCCAGCCUGAGAGACAAAGUGAGACCCUGUCUAAACAAAAAAGGAAAAGAAAUGGACCAGGCUAAACCAGCCUGAUCCUUGUCAAGACCUGCCGCUGCAGGUCUCAGCGGGGGAGGCCAGAAAGAUCCCCAGAGGAAAGGACACAAAAAAUGGCGAGAAAGAAAAUAAAUCCGGGUCUUUAGAGGGGGGACUGACCCUGUCCUCUUCCUGUUUGGGAAGAAGUUGGGGAAACACACAAGGUUCCCCUCCCCUUCCCAAGAGGCUGGGAGAACCUGCCUGGGCAGCAUCUUGAAUGGGAGAAUUGUCCCCGGCCCAGCCACGUGUGUGCGUGCGUGCACACGCGCCUGUGUACACAAGUGGGCGGGGGUCCCUUCCCCUACCCCACAGCCAAUGCACACUCCCCAAAUUGCCUCUAAAUCUACCCCAGCUGUCAACAUCUGGCCCCCAUCUGUCUCCAUCCAACCAGACCCCGUGCUCCAGCUCUGGCCACCUCCUCCCUCUCAAGGGGCUGUGGGCUCAAGGCCUCCCCUCCCUCCCCCAGCAGCCCCUGGCCAGGGCUGAGGAACCAGGACAGGGAAGGGAGGGGACAGCCCCACCCCGGAGGUGCCCCAGGCUCUUGGCAGAGCCAGCUGGAGCCGUUGGAAGCAGCUGCGAAUGACUCAUCUUGCUCAGCCCCCACCCCACCACCUCAAACACACCCUGGAGCUGAGAACCAAGCUCCAGCCCCCCAUAGUCCUGCAGCCUCCAGACCUCUGACCCCACUCAGCCAGCCACAAAGCCCUCCCUACCCAGCCCCACUCUCCUUAGAAAUCUGGUCCAUCACCUCCCAUCACCCCUGGAGCUGGGACUUGUCCCAUUUUCUUUUAUUUAUACAAAAAAUUGUUUUUUUAAAUAUAAUUUAAGAACCCUCUCCAAGCACCAGCGUCAGUUUCUGGGUUCCACCACCACCUACCACCCCUUUCACUACCUCAGCCCGCACCCCUUCAUGGACACAGCUUGGGGGUCCCAGGGGGGUCGGGGAGGUGGCAUGACCAAGGCACUCUUUUGGAAACAGACAAGAUGGGUCCCUGUUUCAACGUGGGCAAAGGAGGUGAUAGUGAAACAGGUUCCCUCCAACACAGAGUUAUGACAAGG